GCCAGAUAGCUGAUGUUCAGGGCACAGAAGAGCCUGACGUAUACCAUGGCUGUUUGGAGGGAAGCUGUUACCCAGCCACAGGAAACCUGCUCAUUGGGAGGGCCCAGAACCUGAGCGCUACAUCAACAUGUGGCCUAGAAGAGCCUCAGGAGUACUGCAUUGUCAGCCACCUGCAGGACUCUGAGAAAUGCUUCACUUGUGACUCACGCUCACCCUCUGUCCGUGAGAGCCACCGCAUUGAGAAUGUCAUCUACCUUAGUGGCCAGAAUGGUGAACAGACCUGGUGGCAGUCUGAGAAUGGUGUAGAGCAGGUCAGCAUCCGCUUGGACUUGGAAGCUGAAUUCCACUUUACUCACCUUAUAAUGAAAUUUAAGACUUUCCGUCCAGCAGCAAUGCUCCUCGAGCGUUCAUCAGAUUUUGGGCAAAGCUGGAAGGUUUAUCGCUACUUUGCCUUCAAUUGCUCCAAGCUCUUCCCAGCUAUCCCUACUCAGGUCCCAACACAUGUCAAUCAAGCAAUGUGUGACCAGAGAUACUCUGAGAUUGAGCCCUCCAGCCACGGUGAAGUGAUUUUCAAGGUUCUAGACCCAGCGGUGAAAGUAGAAGACCCCUACAGCCAGGAAAUCCAAGAUUUGUUACGAGUCACCAACUUGCGGGUGAACUUCACAAAGCUGCAUACUCUGGGAGACAAUUUAUUAGACUCACGAUAUCAAGUAUUACAGAAAUACUACUAUGCGGUAUAUGAGAUGGUGCUUCGAGGGAGCUGCUUCUGUUAUGGACAUGCCUCCGAGUGUGCCCCGUUGACAGGAUCAGCAAACCCGGUUGAGGGCAUGAUCCAGGGACGUUGUGUCUGCAAGCACCACACCAAGGGUCUCAACUGUGAGUUCUGCAAGGAUUUCUAUCAGGAUUUGCCUUGGAGUCCAGCUGAGGUCCACAAUCCACAUGCUUGCAAAGAGUGCAACUGCAAUGAACACUCCCACCGGUGCCACUUUGACAUAGCUGUGUACUUGGCCACGGGCAACUCCAGUGGUGGGGUCUGUGAUGAGUGCCAGCACAACACCAUGGGCCGCCACUGCCAGAUCUGCAAGCCAUUCUUCUACCGCAACCCACUGGCUGACAUCAGGGCCGAAACAGCAUGCAUUCCCUGUGACUGUGACCCAGUGGGCUCUUUGGAUGGAGGUGUGUGUGACAGUCAUACAGAUGCAACGCUGGGCAUGAUUGCAGGACAGUGUCGCUGCAAAGAGAAUGUCAAAGGCGUGCGUUGUGACAGCUGCAAAGAAGCCUUUUAUGGACUGAGCCUCAGUGAUCCUCUUGGCUGCCAAUCCUGCAGGUGUGACCCUCGUGGGAUCACCAUAGACAGCAGCCCCUGUGACCAGAUCAGCGGCAACUGCUAUUGCAAGCGUUUUGUAACUGGGCAAUACUGCAACCAGUGUUUGCCUGAAUAUUGGGGUUUGAGCUACGAUAUGACCGGCUGCCGAAGUUGUGCUUGUGAUUUUGGAGGUGCCUACGACAAUAGAUGCUCUGUGAAUGAUGGGCAGUGUCCCUGUCGGCCCCACCUUAUAGGUCGUCAGUGUGAUGAUGUGCAGCCUGGGUUUUUCUGUAUGCCCUUGGACUACUACAUGUAUGAAGCUGAGCAUGCCACAGGUCUUGCUCCAACCGAUGAAGAUCUCCCAGGUCCUUUGCGGCCAGAAUCGCCUGUGGAUUGUGUGGAAUAUUACAACGGAGUCCAGAAUGGGCGCAGAGUGAGGCUGAGGCGCCAGCACAGCACAGUAAGGCUCUUGCAGCAGCGAGGGGCGCUCUGGCGAGCCCGGCAGCUUCAACAAAAGCCUGAUGUGGAAGUUGUACGGCGUGAGCACACAGGCCAUAUGAUUACAUGGACAGGCCCAGGCUUUGCCCGUGUACGAGAUGGGGCUGGACUAUCCUUCCACAUUGAGAACAUUCCUUACCCAAUGGAAUAUGACAUCUUGUUCCGCUAUGAGCCUGAGUCCACAGAAGAUUGGGAAGCUGUUGUCAGUGUCAGCUCACAGGCCCUACCCAUGAGCCCACGUUGUGGCAAUGUACUGCCCUCCGAGCAGGUGUAUCAAGGGAGCUUGCCGCACACCUCCAGAUACCUGCUUCUACCAAGACCAUUCUGCUUUGAGCCCAGAAACCAUUACAAGAUCGUAGUCCGGUUCCAGCGAGCAGGGGUAAAACAGCGCCAUCCUGCAGCUUUCAUCCUUGUCGACUCGUUGGUUCUUUUGCCCCAUGUGACAGAACUACCUGGUUUUCAUGGUGACGAUCCAGCUUCUGUGCAGCGUCGGGAGGCGCUGGAACACUACACAUGCCUGGAAGUAUUUCGCAUGGCCACCAUGCCUGACCUCUCUGAGACAUGUGCCCACCUGCUGUGCAGCAUUUCUGCCCUGAUCCAUGAUGGGGCUCUGCCCUGCCAGUGUGACCUCCAGGGUUCCACCAGCAGUGUCUGCCACAAACUGGGAGGGCAGUGCCAGUGUAAACCCAAUGUCAUGGGUCGGCAGUGUGACCAGUGUAUUCCAGGCACUUAUGGAUUUGGACCUUACGGCUGCAGCUCCUGUGCUUGUUCCCCUGAGGGUUCAGUCUCUAAAAUCUGUGACCCAGUAGGUGGGCACUGCCGGUGCCAGCAGGGUAUUGUGGGACGCCAGUGUGAUCAGUGUCCAUCAGACCAGUGGGGCUUCCCCCACUGCCGGCCUUGUCACUGUAAUGGGCACACAGAGGAAUGUGAUCCACACACUGGAGCCUGCCGACAAUGCCGAGAUUAUACAGCGGGCCGCCACUGUGAAAGGUGCCUGGAUGGGUAUUAUGGAGACCCAGUCCUGGGAUCAGGGCAGCAGUGUCGGCCAUGUCCUUGUCCUGGAUAUCCAGGUUCUCGGCACUAUCAUGGCAUUUCGUGUCAGGCAGACAGGGAGACAAACCAGAUCGUUUGCUUGUGUGCUCCAGGCUAUACAGGGCCACGAUGUGAUUGCUGCUCCCCCGGCUAUUUUGGGACACCUGAGCAGGAGGGUGGUGCCUGCCGCCCUUGUCAGUGCAACAAUAACAUUGACCCCAGUGACCCUGAGGCCUGUGAUCCACAUAGUGGUCAGUGUCUACAUUGCCUUUACCACACUGGUGGACCCCACUGUGCUGAAUGUCAGCCUGGUUACUACGGCAAUGCCUUUCAGCGGAGCUGCCGACGUUGUACUUGUAAUGAACAGGGUACUUUGCCCACACACUGCUCUGAAGGCAUCUGCCACUGUGAUCAAACUACGGGCAAUUGUCCCUGCCGUGCCAACGUGGUGGAGAAGAACUGUGAUAGUUGUGCCCCGAACUUCUGGGGCUUUGGCAGUGACUUGGGCUGUCAGCCAUGUAACUGUGAUCCUACCCAUUCGUUACGCUCAGACUGCAACAUGUUUACAGGGCAGUGCCACUGUCAGCCAGCUUUUGGAGGUCGUGUUUGCUCUCACUGCCAAGAAAACCAUUGGGGUGACCCAGAAAAGCAGUGCAUAGCUUGUGAGUGUGACCCCACAGGCGCUGAGAGCCUGCAGUGCGACCGCCUCACUGGACGUUGUUCAUGCCGAGAUGGCUUUAUGGGGCGAAACUGUGACCAGUGCCAACGGGGCUUCCAGAAGAACUUUCCCCACUGUUCUCCCUGCCAUGCUUGUUUCGGCCAGUGGGACCUUGUGCUGAAUCAGCUCUAUGGACAACUGCAAAGGCUGCAGGAGAGGGUACGGGCCCUGAAGGAAGGUGGCCCCGUAUCUGCAGCCAGCAACAGCCGUCUGCGUAACCUGGAGAACAGCUUGGCUGGGGUAGAGCAGCUUCUGAGGGAUGGAAAAAGUCUGAGUGGUUCUCUCCUGCAGCAAGUCAACACUCUUCUAGCAAAUACAAGGACAGACAUGGACGAGCUAUGGGACCACCUGCAAGAUACAGAUUCGUGCCUAGGUAGCACUGAACAGAAAGUCACAGAGCAGAGGGGCCGCCUGAAUGCCUUGAAUGAAGGGCUAGAUGAACUUAACCACACAGUCAACUACCUUAGUCGCCAAGUCGGAAGGAUAGUAAAUGCCAGCUUCAGUGAGUCUUUCCGUAGCAUUGUGGAGUUCUUCCAGCAGUCAGAACAGGCCCAACAGCAAGCCAACGCCUCCGUUCGAGGGCGCCAAAGUCCGGUGGUCCAAGCCAGACGUACACAUCAGCUCACCGUCGAGCUGUUGAAACAAAGAGGAAGUGCUUUUCGCAGGAGGGCGGCUGCUCGCCAAAGGGCUCUGACUAACAUCCAACAAAAGGUCAAGGCCCUCCACCUGAACAGGAUCAACCAGAAAAUCUGUGGUGGUUCUGGAGAAGAAGUCUGUGAGCAAGCCCCUUGUGGAGGAGCUUCCUGUAAGGACAGUUUAGGUCAAAGGCACUGUGGAGGGCCUGGCUGUACUGGAGCUCUUCCUGUGUCCAUCAAGGCCCUACAUACUUCCCAGAACCUUUCUCACCAGCUGGAGACCACAGCAAAGCAGCUGGGCACCAUUAUUAGCAAGGUGCAAGAAGUCCAGGAGCUGGCACAGGAUGCCAGGAACCAUGCUCAGGACACUUUGGACCAUGCUCAAGGAGCUCGGAACCAGGUGGAAAAAUCAACAGCCAGGCUGAGGGAAUUCAUCCAGAGGAUAAAAGACUUCCUAGCAGAGGAAGGUGCCGACCCAGAGAGCAUUGAGCUGGUGGCUCAACAGGUCCUGAACAUUCCCCAGCCCAUCAGCCACAGUCAGGUCGACAGUCUGAUUAAGGAGAUCUGGGACAGAAUUGGCCAGCUUAACAGAGUGGAUUUUAUCCUGAACUGCACAGUGCAAAACCUAACCCUCGCCAGGGAUUUACUGAACAAAGCAGAACAGGCCAGGGAAAAAGCAGAAGGCGUACAGGGAACCGUGGCAGAAACAUCUGGAGCGCUAAAUAGUGCAAAGGACAAAGUGAAGGCAGCCGAGCAGGCCCUGAAAAAGACAAAGGAAGCCAUCCAGAAUGUGGAAGGCAAAGUCAGACAGGCUGCGGGCCAGCUUGAAACACUCCUCAACAAGGAAUCGCGACUGGAAAGGCGUCUGAGAGUGUUGGCGCAGGACGUGGCCACCUUACAAAAGAAAUCCCAGGAUAAUCAGCGCCAGGCUCAGCAGGCCACGGGAAAAGCUGAGCGCGCCACUAACAUAGCACUCCAGCUAAGAAAUGAGGUAGACGAGGUGAAGCAGAACUACCAGAAGUUGCAGGAUGAAUUGGAGAAACAGCCCAAGAAAGUCCUGCUCAAGCUGAAGAGUCUCAGGGAUGAAGCCCAGAAUCUGCUAGAUAAGGCCAACAGCAGCAAAAGAAAGCUGGAAGAAUUGGAGAAACGCUUCGAGGCCAAUGAGAAAGAAAUGACAAAUAAAACCACAAUCCUGCAGGAAUUGGAGGCAGAAGUGGUGAAAUUACUGCAGUAUAUCCAAGAGAAAGCCACUGCCUAUGCUGCUUGCUAGGCUCCAGGUCUCUGUGGACAGCCGCUCGGGUCGGAUUCCUGCCAGCUCUGGACACAAGUAUGGUACGGUGCUUUCUGCUCAUAUUAAUAACUGACUCUAGGAGACAAGACUGUGACAGUAGAUCCAGAGCUUUAAUGUAAUCCAGAUCAUUUCAUCCUCAACUGACUGUAGCACUUAAAUCUACCUGGGAUCAGACAUUAACAGGCUGAAUCUAAUGUGAAUAUUUCAUAGAACUAUACAUUGUGUCUAGGCCAUGUUUUGUCCCAGGACUCUGGAACUUUGGCCAGUUUCUGAAGGUAUCAGCUGGAGAGAUGGGAUAUUUUCACUGUAGUCAUAGAACGGGAACCAGUUUGGUGUAGUGGUUAAGAUACCAGGCUAGAAAUUGGGAAACCGUGAGUUCUAGUCCCGUCUUAGGCACGAACCAACAGG